AUGGACUCCUACGGCGCAGAAUCAUACGGCGCCGCCAGUGCAGAAGACACACUCGCAUGCACGACGGUAGCAGCAGGGCAUGUGUCAACUGCGGAAGCAGCAGAACCAUCCAGCCUAGCAGCGCCAGCAACGCGAGGCGAUGUAGUGACGGCCACAGAGACCACAGUACAUCCAAAAAGCAGCGGGUGUGGCUCAAGCUUUGAGCUGGCGACACCACUAGAUAAAACUGGAGCACAAGCUCCAGCAACACACGACCUGAAUGCCGCAAUCCAGCGCGUAGAGGCUGGUCGGCUGCUUCUGGAGAGGCUGCGUGCGGCUCUUUUGCAGCAAGCGGCAGCUGCAUCCGCUUUUGCAGUGUCCCUUAACGCUGCAGCAGAUGUUUUGAAGCCACAUGCCACCGAGUCACAAACAUGCGCUGCGGCCGUGCAGAGCUACCGAUGCUUGUUGGGAAAUUCCGCAGCUCAAGCUAAGGAAAUGUCGGAUGCUCUAAGGCGCGACGUCGUGGCCUCUACCCUUGAUAGGACGAUUGAAAAUCAUGCGCAAGUUCUCAAUCAGCUCGUCUGGACUGUGAUUGCCGUUGCUGCGCAGCUGAAACUAGAUGCCGCAGAGAUUCAAAGGCGAAACCAUGUGGCCGCCAUGGAGCAUCAGCGGGCAAUGGAACACUACCUCCGUUGCAGCAAAAUGGCUGUUGCAGCAGCGGAAACAGCACAGGCUUCACAGUCUCUGCUGCCCUCCACCAAGACAGAGUUGGCGCUGCAGUGUAUUCGGCUUUGUGUAGAGGCUCGACAGGCGGAGGAAGCGUAUGCUGCCUCGGUCGAGAAGAUGCAGCACCGCAGCAAGUUAUCGCGCGAGAGAGUGCAGGGCAUUGUACGCUGCUUAGAAGAGAUGGACCUAAAGCGCAUGCACUGCCUCAGAGAUGCAUUGACGAGAGCUGGGGUUUUUGUGGCAGCGAACCUUAGACACAUGCAGUACGACUUGGAACGGUCCAUCCAAGCGGUGGAAGCUGUCGAUCCCAAGGCUGACUUGCAAGAGUUUAUUGAUGGGAGAAUUUCGCAGACGCCUUCGAGUGUUUCCCCCCCAACAGUGGAAAAAUGGACUGUAUUGGAGUCAAUCUACGGAGAUAGCCUCCAGCCAGUAGUCUGCAAUAGCAUCACCAGCCGCAAGAGCUCAGGCAGUACCACAUCUCUGACUUCUGCCACCAGUGUAGCCCGGCAGCUCCUGCAAAAGUCUCAUCUCCAAAGGGUCGUCCAGUCUGCUGCAAGUUUGGCUGUUUAUACUCUAGGCGCAGCAGACACGUCAGUAGUCGAGUCGACAGAACGCCAAAGCAACGCCGCAACGGCAAUUUCUUCGGUCAUUCCCAGUCCACCGGAUCCCGCUGUCUUAGAGCGCUUGAAUGAUGAAUACUCUGGUUUUAUAGAGGCACUGUGGGCCUCCGUUACAAGGACGUCUGCAGGUUCAGUGGUUCUGCCGGCUGCAGCGUGCAGUUUGCUGCAGAAAAAGAUGCCACAGUUGCAGGAAGAUCUGACUUCCUCUCUUCACAGAGAUGUCUUUCUAUCGUGUCUUGUAGCAACGAAGAGAAAGAAGGCCAAAGAAGCACCGGACAGACAAGCCCUGCUGCCCUCCAUGCUUCAACUGCGGCUGUUGGGAGUAUGUUGCGAUUGGCUCUUGACAGCGGCGGACGCGCAGCUUGAUGCGUGGGCCGGUAGGCAGCUUCUGCUGCUUGCAGUUGAAAUUGCCGCCCCUGGCACUGCAGAAGAGGAUCCGCAGCAGCAACAGCAAUGGAACUGGUUGGAAGCUUUGCAGGAGCAACGACGUAUGGGAAACAGCCCACUUGAUCCAUUGUGUAAGAGGCCAGAAGCAGACGAGCGAGAACAGGAAGCUCUGCCUUACAGCAGUAGCUGCAACAGCAGAACAUCCCCCGCGGAUACGGGGGGGCCCACAGGACCGUCUUCUCUCGCAGUUCGGUGGUCGUUACACCGUUGUGUGUAUCACCAUCGCUACUGGAACCGUGUGACCUUUUGGGAGGAGGCCCUGACCAUUACCGUUAGCGAGGAGCUACAGAGGCAGAAGCUGUCUGAGAAGUGGCAGGCAGCCGGGACCGAGGCACUGCAGCGGCAGGAUAGGCUUUUUCGAGACAAAAAUCCGUGCUGUAGUAGCCUGCCUUCCUUUGGCUCGUUUAUGGCCCUUUAUGGCAUUGCGGAAGAACAGGUGCAAUCUUUGUUGUUGUCAGUGUCUAGGCACCUCAAUCUCGAUGAACAGACUCGCGAAAUGCUGCUACACGGCGUCACGGAUGCAUCCUCGAGUGGCAACAAAAGCAGUAAAAGCAACAGCAGCAGGCUAGCCACUAAUCCUAAGCAGAUGCAGAAACACGUGCAGCAGCAUCAUGAAAUGGCGAAGCAAGGGAAUAGGCUAGCCCAUCUGAAUUUAACUGAUUUGUCUCUUCAAAGCCUUGAUCGGAUGCCACCGCCUUUACUAGAACCUUUUAAAACCGGAGCUGGAUUAGGGAGUGUGGUCUUGCGCCAAUGGAUUGCCGGUUUUUGUCAGUAUGGUAGGGAGCAGAAAACCGGCAGAAAAAGGGCGGCGACAGGAGGCAUGCUGUGGAGAAUUUAUGUGCACAAGGAGACUUCCGACCUUCAAAGCGAUAAACGAGAUGCAUUUAAAGAGCGUCCAUAUUGUAAAAAAUGCAGUUCGUAUUACUGUUUGCCAAGAUCUAACGAACAUGAGAUUGUGUACGCGUCACUUCUAUCAACUGCACGCUGGGGAGGUAGCACGACACUCCUGCUAGGACGUGGCCCAACGAUUGCAACGUCGAAGUGGCUGCUGUUCCCAUAG